AUGAGCAACCUCGAGAACGAAAUCCAUACCCUCCGUAACCUGCAGCGGUUGUUCCAUGAAGCCUUUCCAGAACACCUUUAUGACUCGACCGCGGUGUAUCUGCGAGGCGCGACCAGCUCUGUGCUCGCAGCAUUAGGUCCUCGCAUUGCCGUAAUGACUCGUACGCGAGCAACAGAAUCUAUCUUGUCAAGUAUCGAUACGAGCGCAGAGACCAUAGCUGUCGACGGCUCAACUAAUAUACAUAUCGUCCGCAGGCUUGAGGAUCUUACUACGGUGGCGUACCUCGGAAACGCAGCCCUGGUGCGCGAGGAGGCGGCAUUGGUUGUCUGGGCUGAUACAGAGCUCUCGGUCGUAGACACCUUCUGCGGUAUAGAGCUCAAGAUUAAAAAUGCCCUGCAGGGGCAGUGGCCUUGUAACUUACCUGGACCCACAGAAUUAUGGGAUACACUCGGCUAUCUUGGUGCAGAGUACCAGCAACCUAGGUUCAGUGUAAAAUCGGUGCCCAGUAAUCGUUAUUGGCCAUCAGCACCCCCAUUUGAGGACAUCUGGUCGCAGUCGGCAUUGGCUGACGCACGGUCUCCAAAACAACUUGUCCCUUCGCUAUGGGCACUGACACCACCCCCAAUACGGGAUAUCAUCACAAUUCGAACACUCACAACGACAUUUCACCACGAGCAUGAGGGAGACGAUCUCGACUUAGCUGGCCAUAUUCCCUUCGGCCGACCGCCAGAGGGAAAACAGCCAACUCGUCAUAAAGAAAUGAACGAGAAGAAGCGCUAUCGAUGCACCUUGUGUCAUACUCACAGAACGUUCACCCGCCGCGGUGAUGCCAGGCGACACAUCAGGAAGAGCUGCAAGCGUUCGAUUCACAAGGUGGACCAAUGCCCCCGAUGCGGUGACACACUGUCACGGAAUGAUUCGGUACAGCGGCACGCACCCAUUUGCACCGGGAUUCCCAGCAAGAAACGGGGACACGACAAGCGCGACAGUGGCGUUGGUGACGAUAGCUUCGAUGCCCGUGGGCGAUCAGAUGAUGAACUUGACAGGUUUAUCGACUUGAUCGGCUAG